AAGACCCAGACAAACCACAGAGCGACAGUGUGAACAAGUACCUCAGAGUGAACAGGACGCAUUACGAUUACGCAGGCCUAUUUCCAAUUAUUGGCCCAGACUUUAACAGCAAAAACGUAUUGAGGUUCAAGAUAACGUGUCGUGCGUGUGCUUUCUUACAGUCGCAAUGCCAAAGGGGUUUCUUAUAAAACGUUCUAAAAAGGCCGGUCCUGUUUCAUACAGGGUACGAACGGAGGAGGACUUGGUGCUGGUCGCCAAUUAUUCCCCGCUGGAGAAUGCCCCGGCUCGGGAAUUGCCCUCCGUGUGCCACAACUUUAUUCGAGUUCCGAGUCGGGAAAUAUUCGGAGGAAUGCCGGAGUCUCACUGCGUGCCCUCGCUGAGCCCAACCAGGCCUGACAGCGAUGGAUAUCAGUAUCCACCAGUGGACGCAGCUCUUCAAAUUCUCAGUUCUUUUUCUCGUGCUCAAGCAGAUACCUUUCCCGAGGCAAGUUUGGGAAGCUUUGCCAUUGAUGGCUCCCCAGUGUCGCCAUCUCUUCCAGAGAUGACCACCAGAAUGGACACCAUGUGCGGGAAUGCAAAAUCUGUAGCAGUGAAGCGUCAUGCCUCUUCCAACACCAAAACUCCCCAUACUAAUUCCAAAAAGCGCAAAUCCUCAUGCUUCUCAAACCAAGAAAAGAAAUGCAGCAUCAGGGAUGAGGUAACUACAUCUCCCGUCCUCGGAUUGCGCAUUACGGAAGAGGCGGAGGAUGAAGUGAAGCAGCGCUUCAACACGAGCAGUCCGCUUGGAGAGUUCAUCUGUCAACUUUGUAAGGAGCGGUACACAGAUCCUCUCACUUUGGCUUUCCACAAGUGCUCUCGCAUUGUCCGAGUCGAAUAUCGCUGCGAUGAGUGUGAGAAAGUUUUUAGUUGUCCAGCUAAUCUGGCCUCCCACCGACGUUGGCACAAGCCAAAGAGUUUUCAAGAGGAAAGAGUUUCUUCACCGAGAGAAGAGAGCCAACCAGACACACCAAUAGCCAGAGAUGCGCUCCCACCCUCCCCACCAUCAUCCGACUCUGGCUCAGAUGAAGAAAUUAUGUUCAGCUGCCCACAGUGUUCAAAGAAAUUUAGAAAACAAGCGUACCUAAGGAAACACCUGGCCUUGCACAAUAGGAAAGCAGCUAGUCAUCCACAAAAUCAGACUCCAUCCUCUCCUUCGGCCAGAAUCUCAGACCAACAACAAAGCGUCCCGCCCCAGGCCGGCUGGGAAUCAUCCGAGCCCUCCGCCAAAUUAUCAGGGACGGAGUGCAUCACAAAGGUGUCAGGGGAAGUGUUUCCGUGUCGAUUUUGUGGGGAUAAUUUCUUUUCCUCACCUGGCCUCACCAGACACAUCAACAAAUAUCACCCAACGGAGAGUAGACAGGUGAUAGUUUUGUCCUAAACUAUAUAAUGACACUUUGCUAGGCAUAACUACUUAAUUCAAUGUUUGGGUGGAGUAGGUUGUUUCAUCUCGCAAAGUAGUAACCUAUUGUACGUUAAAUUACAAAUGUUCCGCCUGAAUAAUAUAGUUUUUGUAAAUUAGUUUUGUUUUCUACAAAUGUAUAUUUAUCUAUCUAAUCAUUAUUUAUUUUAUACGUAUUUAUUUGUUUAUUUAUUCAUGUAUUUGUUUAUUUAUUUAUUUGCCUGUAUAUGUCAUAAUCGUGUUGCCUUUGACUGUUGAUAUAUGAAAUGACAAAAAAGCAGUUAUGCAUUGCUCCAAAUUACCUCUGACCAAAUUAUUGCUAUAUUUUUCCGUUGAAACACAAUAUUACCAUGCUUAUUUCUAAUACAAU